CAACUGUUCUUUUGAAAUGACUCUGGCUUCGGCUGCAAACCCUCCGUGGUGUGAACAGUCGACAGAAGUUCUUGCCAGUUUUAGUGAAGUGAAAGCUCAUGACCUCGUUUUUUUAACUCUAUCCAGUCACGGCACUUUGUGGAAGACUGUGUAUUGGCCUCACUGCAAGAAGCCAUGCCAGCUCUGGGAGGACCAAGAGACAUGGUUUUGCACAAGCUUGACAGGAAGAAGAGAGCCCAAGAUUGCUCUUUCAGAUGUGUUGGAAAUUUGGCAAGAGAAGCAGAAUCCACCAGACGUACUCUCCACCGUUCUUCAUUUAGCUUGCCCAGCUUGAUUCACUGCAGUAAGAGGCAAACGCCAUCCUCAUGCUCUGGUCCCAGUUGAGUUUGAGGGAAAUCCAGAUGGCACAACAGAAUACCGUCUACCUCCAAGCAGAGAUGUGUAGAACCAGAAGGUCAUCUAAUUGUCACUCACACAGUGCAGUUAACAGGCUCAGAUGACCAGCAUGAAGGGCAGCAGAAUACAGCAAUCAGAUUUCAAAUCAUUGACCUUGGACUGUGCUGGGCUGAUGCACAACCUUUUGAAGCUAAAGAUGUCCUUAACAAGGAAUGAGUGGAGUAUCUGCCCUGGCUGGACCAAAGAAACUUGCAGAAUUUUAUGGCAUCCUAGAGAUUACAAACUUUGGCAACAUGCAUCCC